GGCGGCAACAACAGCAGCAGCGGCGGCAACAGCGGGGAGACACCGGCGGCGGCUCCUCGGAAGCGGCAGCCGCGCCAGCAGCGCCCGCCCGCCCCGCGCGUCCCCUCCGUCCCUCCCCCGCCGCGGAGACAGGGGGCAGCGCCGAGAGGAGAACCGGGCUCAGCGUGUGUGUGCGCGGGAGGAGGAGGAGGAGGAGGAGGGGGGACACACCGAGGACUGCGCCGGCCGAGGGCGCACGGAGCAGGGAAGCGGCGGCGGCACCGAGAGGCGGCGGCGGGUCCUUGUGCCCAGAGAGGAGGGCGCAGCCCGCACGGGGGUUUCUACCGAGUUUCCUCUUUUUUUUUCUUUUUUUUUUUUUUUUUUUUUUUCGGUCCCUGGGACUCAGCGGCGGGUCUGCGUUUGUCUCCGGAUUUGAAUCCUCCUCCUUCUCCUCCUUCCUCGGGGAAGCUCCCCUCCCCGCCCCCUCCCCUCCCCCACCGCCUCCCUGCCCGCCCGGAUCCAGCCGGGCGCCCCGUGCCGCGGUCGCGUUGCUCGGCAGAGCUGCUGCGGGCGCUCGCCGUCUCUGCGCGGGCUUGGAAUAUGGUUGGGGAAAUGGAAACCAAGGAGAAGCCGAAGCCGAGCCCCGAUUACCUGAUGCAGCUGAUGAACGACAAGAAGCUGAUGAGCAGCCUCCCCAACUUCUGCGGGAUCUUCAACCACCUCGAGAGGCUGCUGGACGAAGAAAUUAGCAGAGUACGGAAAGACAUGUAUAACGACACAUUAAAUGGUAGUACGGAGAAGAGAAGUGCAGAAUUACCAGAUGCUGUGGGACCUAUUGUACAGUUACAAGAGAAACUAUAUGUGCCUGUAAAAGAAUAUCCAGAUUUUAACUUUGUUGGAAGAAUCCUUGGGCCCAGAGGACUAACAGCUAAACAGCUUGAGGCAGAAACAGGAUGCAAGAUUAUGGUCCGAGGGAAGGGCUCAAUGAGGGACAAAAAGAAGGAAGAACAGAAUCGAGGCAAGCCCAACUGGGAGCACCUGAAUGAAGAUUUACAUGUACUUAUCACUGUGGAGGAUGCUCAAAACAGAGCAGAAAUAAAGCUGAAGAGGGCUGUUGAAGAAGUAAAAAAGUUACUGAUACCUGCAGCAGAAGGAGAAGACAGCCUUAAAAAGAUGCAGCUGAUGGAGCUUGCAAUUCUGAAUGGCACCUACAGAGAUGCCAACAUCAAAUCACCAGCCCUUGCCUUUUCUCUUGCAGCAACAGCCCAGGCUCCAAGGAUUAUCACUGGGCCUGCGCCUGUUCUCCCUCCAGCUGCCCUGCGUACUCCUACGCCAGCUGGCCCUACCAUAAUGCCUUUGAUCAGACAAAUACAGACCGCUGUCAUGCCAAACGGAACUCCCCAUCCCACCGCUGCAAUAGUUCCGCCCGGGCCCGAGGCCGGAUUGAUCUACACGCCCUACGAGUACCCCUACACGCUGGCACCAGCUACGUCAAUCCUUGAGUACCCUAUCGAACCUAGUGGUGUAUUAGGUGCGGUGGCUACUAAAGUUCGAAGGCACGAUAUGCGUGUCCAUCCUUACCAAAGGAUUGUGACCGCAGACCGAGCCGCCACCGGCAACUAACCUAUGACCUUCUGACCUCUGAACUCUUCACCCAAUGAUGACCUGACCAUGCCUGCCUGCUGAUCAGUUAACUGGUAAACGCCUUUGCUUGCCUGUCUUCAGUGCAGCGAGCUGGGGCACUUGUCCGUUCGUCUUACCAUCUAACAAAACAGACAAAGAAAUUGUUGUCCUCCAACUCCGCUUUCUGUUGUUCUCCUGUUUGGGUGAAAGUGGUUCUAGAACCUGCACUGAAUAGUAGUAAAGCAAUAAGGUCCAACUCAUCCCUCCGCACUGAUCAUCCUCUAGUGUCCCGCCCCAAGCGAACGGUAAGGAGGCCUCGCACGAGAUGGAGACAGAUGUCCCUUAACUACCCGAUGACAGAGGCAGUUACUGUGAGAGACUUCUAGGAAUAUUUUUCUUCUCAGAAAAAAAAAAAAAAAAAGAAAAAGAAAAAAAAAAGUCAAAGCUCUCUCUGAAUGUACUGUGUGAUGAUGCAUCAUGCAUGAACCUUUGGUCAGGGAUGUCAUUGGGGAAGGGAUUCCAAAAAGUAUUCAAAAUUUGAUAUGCUGUUUAGUCACUACCAGUGCCCUCAAAGGGCAGAUGUUGCAGCCUUUUUUCUAUUGCCUGCCAAAUUGGACGUUUUAAAGGAAAGUGUGCCAUGAAAUGCAGAUUACGAUGACUUUUCAGAACUACAUUAAUGCAAAGAACAAAACAGCAACACUAUUAAAGUGAAAUCCAAGUUUAAAUUGUUUUAACCAUACUUUAAUCUCCUUGGAAGAUUACAUGAGAACAAGGUACAUGCAUUAUGUGUCACAUUACUGGGCAAACUGUUCAAAUAUUUUUUUUAAACCUCCCUGUAUAGAAAAAAAAUUUCAUUAAGGAUGUAAAAGCCAUGCUUGCCUAUUUGCUGUAUACAUGUAAUGAAAUUGUAGAUAAAGUGUAGUGCAUUGAAACAAAAUGAACAAAAAAGUAGAUACUUUUACUAUACAAGGGUGCUGGUGCAGAAAAAAAAAUAUAUUUUUGGAAAUGUAGCAUUUUAUACUUUCAAGUGUUAUAAAAAAAGAAAAAAAGAACAAAGAAACCCUUUAUUUCAUUAAAUGAUUUUUUCUGGUGGUUGUCAAGAAACAAAAGACCAAAAGAGCCUUUUAGUCUUUCUUUUUUAUUUUUUAAGUAUUGGAAUAAGUCUAAAGAAAAGGAAGUGCCUUAUUUUCUUCAUGGUCAUUUAGUCAAAUGUCUUGUAUAAUCAGCUUCUCCCUCAGACAAGUUACUGCAUGCCACUCAGUCGCCCAGUAUGUGAAAGAAGCUGUGAGGGAAGACAAAUGAUGAGUUGACCAUAUUAAUUACCUGAUUUUUGCCAUACUAGUGUGAUGUGAUUUUGCCAAAAUCUCAUUAAGCGAAGUAUUUGCUAAGUUUUCAUCAAACCAGCCCAUUAUUAUUUCAACCACUCUACUUUUUAAAUCGUCGCAAAUGCCGUACUUGUGCAACGUAAACCAAAGGGUUCUGUGAUACAGACUGUCUCAUGCUAAAGGAGAUUAUUCGCUGACAAUUGUUUGUAGAGCUGGAAGUUACGUCCUUUUUUUUCAGGGAUGGAGAGGAGUUUUCUUGAUUUUGGUUGGAAUAAAUACUACAUCAGCUGUAGUAGGCUUUGGCAUCACCCAGAAAAUGGAUGUUCUGCAGAUAAUGAAACUGAAAGUGCUUAGCGAGUUUUCAGUCAGUGACUGAGCACAUCCCCAGUUCCCACCAACAGCUCCUGCAGUGGCAAACAGCAGGGAAGUAAGUUACUUUUCAGCUCGUCUGUGACUAUUGUUAGAUCUGGCCCAUUGGCUUUUCCUCAAGAGAUAAGCAGGAGAAGGACUUCAGCCAUUUGAAGUCCAGCUAUACCUUGUUUUUAACCCUCAUUUCCACAUGAGGUUCGAAUAGCUGGUCAAUUGCAAGAGCUGAAGCUGUUGAACGCACAGUAUUUAAUUCUGAAAACAUUAAGUAUUACUUUGUGGGGCUCAGUACUAAACUUGGCAAAUAUCAGGUGAUAAUUUUAUUCCCCUCUUGUCAACUUAUUCUCCUCCUGCAAAUCUUCACAGCUUCCAAAUGAAAGGUCAAAAGUAAGCUAAGAGGGCUUACAUUUUUAAGCACCUGCAUGGUGACCUCAUCUAACAUCUUGUCUCACCUGGAAAUAAUUAUCAGUUAAUUUACUAUGCAAUAGACAUUCAUCCUUUCGUAUUCAGCUAGAUUUUUGUUUAUUGUGCCACCGGCUUUGUCUUCCUGUUACACAUACAGUUGUGUUGAUUUUAUUUACAGUAUAUGCUGUGCCAUUUUGAUUUUAUUCUGGUUGGUUGGUUGAAUAAACUUGCGACACUCGAACAUUUGAAGAGAGAUUUGCUAAAACAAUACCAGUAUUUGAUCCAGUUUCAUCUCAACUAUGAUAAAACCUGGACAUUUUAGACAUUUAUCAAAGGUCUUUUACUGGGGGGGAGGGGAAGUGUAUGGAAUAGAUGUGUGACAUGUGAAAGUAAUGUUUGCUCUGAACAAACUUCUGAAAACUUAGUUGACAAAAUUUUUGGAUCAACUUAAAAAAAAAAGCAUGACUUUUGAAAUCUCUGAAUGCCUUGGUUCUCAGUAUUAUCAUUCUUUAAUGACUUUUUCUUUAUUAAAAUAAGUAGUUUUAAGACUUCUUUCUGACAGUAUUAUGUAAUUUUUUUUAGAGUGGGUAGAUGGGAGUGUCGCUUGUAUGUAACCGUACAGAUGACAUGUAUUUGUCUAUUCUUUAUUAUCUUAGUAGUUUCAUGCUAUGUAUGUACCAUAACCAACCUAUUGCCUAUGAGAAACAUGUAAGAUAAUGUAUUUACAGCCAUUGUUACAAGUUUAUAAUGUAUUUUUCUAUCUUGUUUUAUAUGUAUGUUAUAUAACAUUCAAAAGAAUUUUUUUCCUGAUUGAGAAAAAAGGAUACAAAAUGCAAAACCCACAAUUUUGAUAACUGAAAAAUUGCCAAUUGUUUUGCAGUACUUUAUUAUAUUGGGAGUGUUGUCUUUCUUGGGCUUUUAGUUAGCUACUGGAUGAAUACAUUAGACAUAUUUGGGUUUUAGUUGGGUUUUUACAUAGCUUGCAUUUUAAUUCUUUGGUUCUUUGCUGUUUCUAUUAACCCAUAGCAUUAUUUUAAUAAAUGUUAUAAUACCAACCUA